AUGAUGGCUUCACGGACUUUCUCCGCUGUUUUCGUCGCUCUCUGUGCUUUCCAGGACAUCAAUUCCGUGACGGGCAACGCCAAUGACUGCGACACAGAGUGUGCCACAACUUACCCUGGGUCAUAUUGUAAGUAUUGGAAGACGCCGAGCACCUGCUUCGGCUCGGAUGCCCCGUGCUUCUGCGGCACGAGUGGACCGACUGAGGCUCUCCGAGGUUCCACAUCCUCUGCUGCAGUCACGGAUGAGGUCACUGAGGCCGCUACAAGCGAAGGAGGUACGACAGCAGCUCCCGAAGCAACGAGUACGACUGGUUCUGAAGCUACUGUCGAUGCCACAGUAGCGGCCAGCACAGCUGCUGUGACCGAUGAGGUUGCUGUCACUACUGCAGCUCCUGUGACUGGCGAAGUGAUCAUCAGCACGGCAGCUGGGGAAGCUCCCGGUAGAGACAAGGAUGAUUCUGAUGCUACCACCCCGGUCGCUACUGAGACUGCGGCUGGCACUACUACGAUCGAUGCUCCUGUCGAGCCUACAACUGCUAUCACGACCCCUCAACCGGUCAGCACAGCUGCUGUGACCGAUGAGAUUGUUGCUACUACUGCAGCCCCUGUGACUGGCGAGGUCACCAUCACGACGGCAGCUGGGGAAGCUCCGGGAAGAGACAAGGAUGAUUCUGAUGCUACCACCCUGGUCGCUACCGAGACUGCGGCUGGCACUACUACGAUCGAUGCUCCUGUUGAGCCUACUACUAUCAUGACGUCCCCUCAACCGGUCAGUACGCCCGCUGAGACCGAUGAGGUGGCUGUCACUACUGCGGCUCCUGUGACUGGCGAGGUGACUAUCACCACGGCAGCUGGGGAAGCUCCGGGAAGAGACAAGGAUGAUUCUGAUGCUACCACCCCGGUCGCUACUGAGACUGCGACUGCCACUAGGAUCGAUGCUCCUGUUGAGCCCACUACUACUAUCACGACCCCUCAACCGGCCAGCACAGCUGCUGUGACCGAUCAGGUUGUUGCUACUACUGCAGCCCCUGUGACUGACGGGGUCACCAUCACGACGGCAGCCGGGGAAGCUCGCAGUAGAGACAAGGAUGAUUAUGAUGCCACCAACCCG